AAACCCACACAUUCGUCAUUUUUUCUGCUUCAUGCAGACGAAAUUUUUUCACAACGUUUUUUUUUUAUUAAUUGCUGAAGUUAAGUCAAAAUUUUCUAUUUGCAUGAAUAAGUCAAUGAAAAUAAGAAUUGAAUUAGAAGUAUAAAUAUUUCAUAGUGAACAAUAAUUUAUAGAUUGUGUGCAAACAAAGGUGGAUAACAUACGAGUAAAGGAAGAAAGAAAAAGUAGAUAGCCAAACGCAAGAAGAGCCAUAAUGGAGUUACGUACACGUUCCAAGCCAAAGCUGGCACGGAGUUGUAUAAAUUUAUUUGCAGUUUAUUUGGUUAUUAUGUCAACAUUCACCGCAUUCAGCACAUUGAAGGCACAUGUGGAUGAAUUGACCAUAGAAGAAGAUUCCUUCGGGCAAACAACAACUCCAUUGAUAGAGUUAAAUGAAGACAAUUGGCAGUUAAUGCUUCAUGGGGAAUGGAUGGUGGAAUUCUUCGCUCCAUGGUGUCCCGCAUGUAAAAAUCUCGCGCCUACUUGGGAGCGUUUCGCCAAAACGGCCACGGAUCUACGUGUGAAUGUGGCCAAAAUCGAUGUUACCACCUCCCCUUCGUUAAGUGGGCGCUUCUUUGUUACUGCACUACCUACAAUCUAUCAUGUUAAAGCAGGCGAAUUCCGUCAAUAUCGGGGCUCCCGCGAUGGCGAUGCCUUAAUGUUGUUCCUGAAGCAAAAGCAAUGGCAAAAAAUUGAACCUAUUUCAGCUUGGAAAAAACCGGACACCAUCCAUAUGUCGAUAUUGUCAUAUUUCUUCAAGUUGUCACACACUCUGAAGGACGUCAAUAUACAUCUACAAGAAAAAUACGGCCUUCCAACCUGGGGAGCAUAUGCGCUAUUCGCCAUUGGCACCAUUUUCGUGGGCGCUGCUUUGGGUUUGUUGCUCGUUUGUGUUGUUGACUUUUUAUAUCCACCAAAGAAAUCGCAACGCCAAAGUUUCUCCGAAUCCAAAGAGAAAUCUGCUGGAUCAGAUGCCAUAGAAGACUUAGCUGCCGACGAAAUUGAAGAUGAAAACGAUUUGGCCGACGAACAGGGCGAUGACGAUGAUGACGACGAGGACGAUGACGAGGAGCAGGACAAUGAGAAUGAGAAUGGCGGUGCUGAGGAUGAAGACGAUGCGGAUGGCACUUCAGAGGGUGAAAAAAAUUCGAACGCCAGCGAAUCGGAUGAGCCGGAGAGUGAGAAGGAUGCCAAGAAGACGGCUGGUGAUGACGGCGCACCGACACAAACGAGUAUUAAGAACGAUAACAAGGAUGCGAGCAGCACUAGUCCGGCCGAGGUGCGCAAACGCAAGCCACGAAAGGCCGAUUAAGGGAUUGGCAAUAAGCAGAAAACUAUGCAGAAAAUUAAGAAUGCUUAUUAAAAAUAUAUAUAUUCAAAUAAAAUUUAUUUAGCAUAUGGAGCUUCAUUUGAGUGGCGAGAGCGCAGCUCCUGUUUUCACCAUAGUAAUUCUAAUUUAAUUUAACAUUUCGAUUUGUAUGCGUGCGCUGGAGAGAAUACGAAAUUGGCAUAGGUUUGAAAAUGAUUUGUGAUUGGUACGUUGAAUGAAAUGAGUUUCAAUAUGCAAUACUGCAUUUCAUAAAUUUCAUGCCGACCAACUAUUUCAGACUAUGCAAUGCAAAAUAGCUUUUUAUGUGCACACAAAAUAUGUAUCUACGCGGUAAUAUGCAAUUUUCAAACGAUCGAAUCAUUGGUUGCAAAAAAGCUGAAAUGCGUGUUGUAUACGUAACAUAACUGUACAUCUAUCAAUGCUUUGAAUUUUAAUCAAUUGUCAAACUCGAACAAAUUAACUAUUAUUGCUAAUACUCGUACAACGCACAAACCUUAAUUGUAUACUUUUCAACUUAAAUAUCAUUGAAUGUAAUUUGAAACAUGAUUUUUCACUAAUCCUAAUUUGCGCCUGCAGCGUUUUAGUUUCCUUCAACAUCUCAAAUAAAUAACAUAUUAAAUUGUGCGAAUACAUUAAACAAAAAAAAUAAUUGCCUUAUUUAAAAAUGGAACAUGAACGAGCUAUGUACGAAAGCAGGAAACGAAUACAUUCAAAAUGCUUAAGAACUGACAAGUUUUAUAGUAGUUUUAGUAGUUGCAGCGGUGUACUAUAGCAGAUAAUUAACGAAAUGGAAGGCGUACGCGGCGAAGCAACUGCAAGCUUAAUAAUCACAUAAAUGAGAAACUGAAAAACUACCAUGUAAAAAACUAUACUAAUUUAAUUUAAAACUAAACAAAUUAUGAUAUAUUCUAAAAUGAAAACGAAAAAAAUACUUAUUGUGUAGUAGAGGAAGUCUACAUAACUGACUGUUCAUUAACUUUUAAGGAUGCUGCUUCCGUUGCACCAUUCGCAGAUAGUCGACAUGCAGACUUCUACACUUUUUUUUGCAUUUUUGCGUGUUGGAAUUUGUGUACUUGAAGCUGAGAUUUCGUGCUUAACCAAACGAUUACACCAUCAUCACCACUUUAUUGUGCAUUACAAGCAAUUAUUGAUCUUUUUUUCAUAUAUGUACGUAUAUACAUAUAAUUUUUUCACUUAAUAUAUUAAAUAAAAUUUAUUUCAUUCUAAAAAAUUCUGACUUGCUUAGGAAUUUGUAUUAAAAAAAUUAAGAUAUUUACAUACAUUUUUCGUGUACUAAAGUAUUUUUUCACUUGACAACUCGAAUUUGGCGACGCAGUGCCCCAAGUCUUAGUUGGAGUUGUUGAGUCUCGACUGUAUUCUGUAUUUCCUUUUUUAAUCUUUAACACUCCAAAAAGAAAGUUGAUUUACGCAAUUUAAACGAUAACGAAAUUUUCAAAAUGUAUAAUCUGUAUAAAAUAUGUUUUGCUAAAAAUGUACAACUAUUUUAAUAAAAAAAAAAUAAUUUUUCUUUUUAUAAUUCAACUUAAGCACUAAUUUAAAUAAAGGUUUCUUUUUUUAAUAUA